UAUUUUAUUCCCCUACACGAGGGAUCUUCCUCAUCUAGGUAUCACCUAUUGAAUCUGCAUUUGAGAUUAGGGUUCAUACAUGUUGUUGGUGGUGAUGAGAUGAGGAAUCGAUAGAUCAGAAUCUGUGUAUAAUCAAAUAAUCAAUCUGCAAUGUCGUCGACUUCUUUGCAAACGAUUGGUGCCAUAAAGGCUUAUCAUCAUCAAGCUAAGCAUUUGGUUAACAACUACCUCUUGGCGGAUCCUUUUAUUCCUUACACCUCUAUUCUCACCGGCAUUUUUCUCUGCAAAGUGGUCUAUGAUCUUUGUCACUUUAUCAGCAACUCACAUUCUAAGACCUAUAUCAUCCUCACCAAGAUUCAGCGAAUCGAAUGGAAUAACCGUGGUAUCUCAACGGUUCAUGCUAUCUUUAUCUCGGCAAUGUCGCUCUACUUUGUCUUCUGGUCUGAUCUCUUUUCAGAUAGGUGGCACAACGAUCUUGUUGUGUUCCGGAGCUCACGUCUUUCCUCUCUUGGUUUAGGGUUAUCCAUUGGUUACUUCAUUGCUGAUCUUGGGAUGAUCUUCUGGAAAUAUCCUUCUUUGGGUGGACUUGAGUAUAUUGUGCACCACUCGCUAUCGGGGGUAGCAGUUGCCUACUCCUUGUUUUCUGGGGAAGGACAAUUGUAUACAUACAUGGUUCUCAUCUCCGAGAUUACAACCCCAGAGAUCAACUUGAGAUGGUACCUGGACACAGCUGGUAUGAAGAAGUCCAUGGCAUAUGUUGUCAAUGGCGUUUUCAUCUUCUUGGCUUGGCUGGUUGCUAGAAUUCUACUAUUCAUAUACAUGUUUUAUCAUGUCUAUCUGCACUACAACCAGGUCAUGCGGAUGCACAUCUUCGGAUACGCUCUGGUAUUUGGGGUACCAGCUGCGCUCGGUGUGAUGAACUUGAUAUGGUUCGCUAAGAUUGUGCGAGGAGUAAAGAAAACAUUAGCAAAGAGAUGUGAAUGCUGAGGGAUUGGUGAGUCUACCAUACAAUGUUUCAUCAGAUAUUUCUUUACUGCUUCUUUCUUCCCUCUGAAAUAUAUGUCUGUCUCUCUAGUGUAAGUAGUUUUUGUCUGAUGGAGAAACGAGAAGAAACAAAAACAAACAAAUACAAAAAUGCUGCUAUCCUCUGACGUCUCUGUAAAUGAUCAAAAUUCAUGUCAAUUUACGUUUUUCAUUCUAAUAGUUUAUGUCCCUGCUCCCUUAAUGUUUUAAUUGUCUCUCAUACAUCAC